UUGGUGUCCGCCCGGGGCUGGCGGGGACCGGCAGAGCCGCCGGGCAUCACCCCCGGUGGGAAUCACCCUGCCGGACACCCGGGCAUCAUCCCCGGUGGGUAUCACCCUGCCGGACCCCGCCGGGUAUCGCUCCUGGCACGCAGGGGCUGCUCUGGGCUCGGGACACGGAGCGGAUUUGGGUCUCCCCAGGUCGGUGAGGGGCAGGAGCACCGGGGCUUCGCCAUGUGGGACACUCGGUGUAUCCGGGCACUGCUCUGCACCACCCACCCAUGGCAGACAGCAUCCCACACCCGAUCCUGUUGGCAAGGGCUGGGAGCACCCCAGGGUGCUGAGCCACAGCCUGGCCAUGUAUGGGGUAGUGUGCUGGAUCCGGGGUCCCUCUUGCUGGCUGCUCAAUGCCUGUGCCCAUGGCUGUGGCACAUCUGAGGGGAAACUGGGGUGGACAUUGCCAUUAUGGACCAGUGUUGUGACAGGAGAUGGUGUGCACACUAAGAAACCAUUGGGACGUGACUGCAUGGAGGAACUGGACUGGUGGUGGCCCCUUUACUUCCCCUUUGCUGCCUGAGGGACCAGCACCCACUAAGCUAAGCCCAGUCCAGCUGAGUCAGCUGAGCCCAGCCCAGCAGAGUGCAUUGGAGCCAGAUCCAGCUGAGCAAAGCCCAGCCAUCAGGGAGCAAGACGUGGCAUACACAAGGUUCUGGUGAUGCAGGAACUGCCUCUGCUGUGCCUGAUGCUGCUCCUGCUCUGCAGAGACAUGGGUAUGAGUGCCCAGGGCUUCACUCUGCACCAGCCCCAGGACAAGGUGUCAGUGGAAGCGGGGAAGACGCUCACCCUGAACUGCACCACGUCUGGAACAGAUGUAAUAGGUGGUGUGAGGUGGCUGAAGGGCUGGGGCAGUGGGAACAAGACCAUCUAUGACCAGAGAGUGGAAGUUCCCUGUGUGAGGAGAGCAGUGGAUGGGUCUGACACAGACUUCACCAUCCACAUCAGGAACAUUCAGCCUGAGGACAUGGGCACCUACUACUGUGUGAAGUAUACCAAGGGAGACACUGGUGAGGAGGUGGUGUUUCAGCGUGGCAGUGGCACAGAGGUGUCUGUGCAAGGUCAGAACUUUGUGUCCAGCUUCCUCCUGCUGUGCCUUGGCAUCCUGCUGGAGAAGGCGCUCCUCGCUGGGCUCCUCUUCUUCCUCUUCAAGCAUAUGAAGAGCAAAGCACUGGAGAUGAUGUCUUAUUCUGCUCCACUUUAGUCCCUGGUUGCUCAAGCCAGGUCUCAGGACAUUGCCACAGCCAGCAGUGAUGUGUGAACUUGGAAAUAAACAAACCAGGAUAGAGA